AUGAGUUAAAUUUUAGCACCUGUAGUUGAAUAAACAACAGUACCAGAUGGAUUCAUUUUAGAGUAAAAUUCAAAAACCCUCAUGGUGACCAUAAACAGACCAAAUUAGGCAAAUAGCUUCACUUUGGGAAUGUAUUUGCAAUUGAUAGAAAUUCUAAAAAAAGCAGCAGAAGAUGAUACCGUUGAUAUAGUUUUAGUAAAGGGAAAUGGAAAAAUGUUUAGUUCAGGUAAUGACAUGAAGAAUUUUUCAUUAUUCACUUUAUCAACUGAAGAGUAAAGAAUUCAAUUCGCCACAGAAUUAGUGGAAUUAAUCCGAGAAUUAAAUAAUUCCAUUUUGCAUUUUCCUAAGACUUUGAUAGCCUGUUGUCAUAAUGGUGUAUUUGGGUUUUUAUUUCCAAUGUUGGCUCUAUUCGAUUAAGUGUUUGUGACAGAAGAUUGCUAUUUUGUAGCUCCAAUGAUACAACUUGGUUAGGGUCAUGAGAUGUUUUCAUCCUAUACUUUCCCCAGACUCUUCGGACAUAGCAAAUCAUAUAGUUUGAUGGUUAAUGGAGAGAGGUUGUUGGCUAAAGAUGCAAUAGAAUGCGGAUUCGCUUAAAAGAUGUUCAAGACAAAGGAGGAGAUGUAUAGCCAUGCUUAAAAGAUGUGCUAAUCAAUAGAGUAGAUGGAUAGGAAUAGUGUGAUGAAUGGAAAGUUGUUGAUGAGAGAAGCAUUGAUGAGUGAAUUGAGCAAGGCUGGAGAGAGAGAAUUGAAGGUAAACUUCAAGAUCUGGUCUCAAGAGAAUUUGCUUGAGAACGUUAUGAAACACAUGAUGAGAAUGAGAUCAAGAUUGUGAGAUGAUUUUUAUAUAUAACAAAUUGAAUGCAGAAUUUAAUCAA